CUCAUGUUUGUUACUGCACUUACUCUCCAAAUGACAAAUCUGUAUGCAAAACAGAAGACAGUGACAGUAGAAAGAAUGCAAAUUCAGAAUACCCUAACAGAUGAAGAUGAGUUUGAGUUUUCCAGCUGUGUUUGCUGUCAACACGCCUGUUCUAGAACAGACGAACCAGAUUUUGCACAUUGUGUUUCUUUUUCUGCCAGUCUUAUGGGCAAUGGGAAUUCUGCCCCCACUUGAUGCACUUUUUCUAUGGGGAAUGGAACAACUGUUGGAGUUUGGACUAGGAGGUUCACCUCUGUCAAGUAACACAAAGUUAUUAGUAAUGUUUCUCAUUUCUGCUGGAACAGCAAUAGCAUCGUAUUUCAUUCCCAGCACUCUCGGUGUGAUCCUCUUCAUGACUGGAUGUGGGUUCAUACUGAGUCUUAACCUAAGCGAGAUUGCUUUUGCCUUCAAACACACCCUGAUCGGCCACUUAGCCUCCAGCAAGUCUAAAAAUAUGCACAGAGGUCUUAGAACACAGUUUGGGUGGCGGGAAUUCAUUUUUUAUUUGACUGUGCUGACAUUCGCUCUCCUAGAAGCCAGCCUGCUGCAUCACUUUGCUGGGUUUUCAUCUUUUUCCAAAGGCAGUCCUCAGGCUAUAGCAAGUUACAUUCUGAUGCUAUUACUCAUAAUUAUGUGGAUUCUUAGAGAGAUUCAGAGAGUGUACUUGUGUGGAGUCUUCCGAAACCCCUUUUAUCCAAAGGAUAUCAGAACUGUGACUGUGUUCAUGGAGAAGCAAAGAAGGCUAAUGAAAGUUGGUGUUGUCAGGAGGAUUUUACUAACACUAGUGUGUCCAUUUGCUAUGCUAGCGUUCCUGUCACUUGACUGCUCCCUACAAAAUCUUCAUUCUGUGUCUGUUUGCAUUGGAUUCACAAGAAUAUUUAGAAUGGUCUGGCAGAAUACAGAGAAUGCUUUACUGGACAUAGUGGUUGUGUCAGUAACACAAAUAUUGGUGUUUAAUCAGGACACGUGGUGGAACAGGAGCCUCAAUACAGGAAUCAGACUCUUGCUGGUCGGUAUCCUACGGGAUCGACUGCUCCAGUUUGUCUCAAAACUGCAGUUUGCCGUAGCCAUUCUUCUGACAUCAUGGACAGAGAAAAAACAGCGCCGCAAAUCCACUGCCACCUUGAUCACCCUCAACGUGGUUUUCUUCCCCAUCCUGGUGACCUUCGUGGCUGUCUCUGCGCUGCUCUCCUCUCCUCUGCUGCCGCUCUUCACGCUCCCGGUCUUCCUGAUAGGCUUCCCGAGGCCUGUCCGGAGCUGGCCGGGACCCGUGGGGGCCACCGCGUGUGUUUGCGCUGACACUGUCUACUACCAGCAGCUGGUUCCAAGCCUGGCUGUUGCUCUGCAAUCGGCGUUAGCAGCUGGCAGCCUGGGUGUGUCUCUGCCCGGAUCACACUACCUGUGCCGUUUUCAGGACAGACUCAUGUGGAUAUUGGUGCUAGAAAGGGGCUUCACUUACUGUUGUGUUAAUAUUAAGGGGCUGGAAUUGCAGGAAACUUCCUGUCAUGCUGCUGAAGCUCACAGAGUGGAUGAGAUUUUUGAAAUGGCCUUCGAACAUCAGGAGCACACAAAGAUUGUCUCCCUUAAUCACCAUUUUGGAAACAUUUUGACUCCUUGUACGGUUCUACCUGUGAGACUGUAUUCAGAUGCCAGAAGCGUGUUGUCUGGAAUAAUUGACUCUCAUGAAAAUUUAAAGCAUCUGAAAGAUGACUUCAUUAAAGUGCUCGUAUGGAUGCUUGUUCAAUACUGCUAUAAAAAAUCAAAGCAGUGGGAAAGCCUGGAGAUUGCAGACAAGAACCAAAAAGGAUCAUUUCCAGAAAAUCCAUGUAGCAGUGCAGUGGAAAGAUCGAGGCCUCUGAGGGACGACGAUAGCUUUAGCGUUGAUACGAUUGAGGAUUGGACUGAUGACAGUGACAUUUUUGGUCUUGAACCCAGUGGCAGAGGGAGAGACAGAAAAGAAACUGGGCAAGUGGUAAUGACACCAAAAACACAUUUGUCUAUUCCAGGGUCUGUAGAAACCCAGAAUCAGGAUGUCCUACAGGAAAUGUCUCCAGAAGAUAAGUUAUACAGGGCAGUUGUGCUUGGACUACCUGCCGCAGACAAAGGCAAACAGCGAGAGGUUCCACCUCUGGUCGAGUUUAGUUGCUCCUACGCGGAGCUGCUGAGCAUCCCGGCAGAGUGGAGAACAGCCCCGGUCCCCGUUUCCAAAGUGCACGAGAUGAGGCAGCGGUUUCCUGACGACUGGUACUGCUUCAUUUUGAGUCAGCUGGACUUCUUUCAUCUGAAAGAGAAGCCUUCCAGUUUACUUGAAGACCUUAUGAAGGAUAAAGCCUUGAAAGAUUUAUACAUCCACGGCGUCUUGUCAUGUUGCUUUGGUCUCUUUGGACUGGAGAACACGGUGCCUGCCCCUAGCCACGUGUUCAGAGCCUACACCGGUGGGAUCCCCUGGUCUGUGGGGCUGGACUGGCUAACCAGCAAACCAGAGCUAUUCCAGCUCGCAUUGAAAGCGUUCAGAUACACUUUCAAACUUAUGCUUGACAAAGCAAGUCUGGGGCCAGUGGAGGACUUCAAAGAGCUAGUGAACUGUCUGGAAGAGUAUGAGAACGACUGGUACAUCGGGCUGGUGUCGGAUCGCGAGUGGCAGCAGGCAGUUCUCCAGGAGAAGCCAUACCUUUUUUCUUUGGGACAUGAUCCAAACAUGGGGAUUUAUACUGGGCGAGUGCUCACGCUUCAGGACUUGCUCGUCCAAGUGGGAAAGCUUAAUGACGAGGCGGUGCGAGGCCAGUGGGCAAACCUGUCCUGGGAGCUGCUGUACGCUACCAACGACGACGAGGAGCGCUACAGCAUCCAGGCGCACCCCGUGCUGCUCCGCAACCUCACGGUGCAGGCGGCCGAGCCGCCGCUCGGCUACCCCGUGUACUCAUCCGAGCUCCUGCACGUGCCUCUGCUCUAG